AUGGCGGCGCCGACGGAGCUGGAGCUGCGGGCGCUCGGUGAUGACGUCACGGCGGGGCGGGAAGCGCGGGCUGCGCGGCCGUGUGGUGGCUGGGCUGCAGUAACAUCAGCUCUGGGGUUGGGAAGAGCCUGUUGGACACACGUAAUCAAACUGUGCUUUGCCUUUUCCAGCCCCAAACCACCACCUCCUGAGGGGGUGAAGUCCAACCCCUCCAAGAGGCAUCGAGAUCGACUCAAUGAGGAACUGAACAAGCUGACUGGCUUACUGCCCUUCCCUGAAGAUGUAUGCACCAGGUUUGAUAAAGUCUCCACUCUGCGACUGACGGUAGGAUACCUGAAGGUGAAGAAUUACCUUAUGGCUGUAGGUACGGAUGUUGGCAACUGCAUGCUGAAUCAGCCCAGAGCCCCAGGAUGGAAUGGACAAACACAUCUGCAGGUCAACAGGGAGCCAUUUCCAGAGGGGGACCUGCUGCUCCAGGCACUCAAUGGGUUUGUCAUCACUGUGUCUGAAGACGGCUACAUCUUCUAUAUCUCCCCUACUGUGCAGAACUAUCUCGGCUUUCGUCAGUCAGAUCUCAUCUACCAGAACAUCUACAAGCUGAUCCACGAGGACGACAGAGCUGCUUUCCACUGCCAGCUGCACAAUGCCAUUCCUGAUGGAUGCAGUGCUGCAGAAAGCCCCAAUCACCAGUGCCCUGAGCGCUCUGGCUGCAUGGAGAGGAACUUCACCUGCCGCCUGCGCUGCCUGUUGGAUAACUCCCUGGGAUUUCUGACCUUGAAUUUCCAAGGACGCUUGAAACUUCUUCUUGGGCAGCAGAAGAGGGCAUCAGACACGUCCCUGGGGCUUCUUCCACUCGCUCUCUUUGCCAUCGUGACUCCCCUUCAGCCUGUCUCCAUCCUGGAGCUUCAGACCAAGAUGCUGUUCUUCCAGUCAAAGCACAAGCUGGACUUUACUCCCAUUGCCUGUGAUUCCUGGGGGGAGGUCAUCCUGGGCUACACAGAGGAGGAGCUGUGCAGUAGAGGGUCCGGGUACCAGUUUGUGCACGCAGCCGACAUGAUAUACUGUGCAGAGAGCCAUGUGAGAGUGAUAAAGACAGGGAAGAGUGAGAUGACAGUCUUCCGAGUGCUGACCAAGAGGGGCACCUGGGUGUGGUUGCAGGCCAAUGCCUGGCUGGUGUAUAAAGGGGGUGAGCCUGACUGCAUCAUCACCCAGCAGCGAGUCCUGUCAAAUGAAGAAGGGGAGGAACAUUUGCGAAAGCGAAACCUUCAGCUGCCUUUCAGCACUGCCACGGGGGAAGCAAUCAUAUAUGGGAAAAACUCCAAUUUCCUAGGCUCCUUUCAGGCUAAGGAGGAAUUUCAGACAAAGACAGACUCCCAUACAAAGCAGCAUGCUAUAGAUCCCAACUCUAUUCUGGGGGCCACAAUGGAGCAGGAUGCAUCCAUCUAUCUCUCCCACACUGAUGUCCCUCAGUUCACCUUGCCAGAUCUCAAUGCUGAGCCUGAUGGACCAAGCCAAGAUGGAAAAGCUGGUCAUGACAGCAGCUCCCUCCUGGUGGCUAUUGAAACCCUCAUUGAGAGGAGUGAGGUGGAUGGAAACAUAUCCCAGAGCCUCAGCAUGGACAGUACAGAGCUACAGCAGUGGGAGGAUGCUCUGCUUAGCUUGUUCAUGGAGGACCUGCCAUCUGAGGAUUUUGGUGAGAGGCUGAGCAGUGAGUUGCCCUCUUGCAUGGAGCAGAUGCUGUUCAGGGAGCAUGAUGGAAAGAGCACAGAGUCCUUGCAUUGCAGUGAGGAAGGCUGUUAUGUGGCUCAAUUCCAGCACUCAGGAUUUAAUCCAGAAGCUCCACAGGCAUUUCAAGCCCCACAGCAGCCCCAGGCAGCUGGUACACAAGGCCAGGAUGUUGUGCUCUCUCUGGACUCUAUUAUAUCAGAGGGCAGCUCUGCUCCAGCAGAACAGCAGAUCCUGAUUAACCCAGCCAGUCUGGAGGAGGGGAUGCUUCUGGAUGCCUUGGGCUCCAGCAGCAAGCCCUGUGCUGCAGAUCAGUUGGCCAACUCAGGACUGGAGUUUCAAGCAGGACUUCCCACCUCUAUUCCCAUAGACACCAUCAUUCCUGAUUGCCAGAGCCAGUCUGAGUGCACUCUGAUGGGCUUGAGCUGCCCAUCUCCCUUGGACUCUAGCAUUCUAGUGUCUCAUGAUGUCCCAGUAUGGGCAAACCUGGGCAGCACUUUGGGUCAGAGCACUUCCCCGGGAGAUUGCCCACUGGAUGCUUGGAUGGCAGCUCCAAAACAGCUGGGAGCAACAGGAACAUCCUUGGAAUCACAAACCGCACUGACCAGCAGCUCCCAGAGCUGGGGGAGCUUCCCCAGAGAGCCCCAUUGCAAUGGGGAGCAGAUGCUGCUCAGCAAGGAUGCGUGGCCCCAACCUCAGGGACUUGUGCUAGGGGUCAAUGUGGGCCCUGGUACGCAUCAGACAGACAACAUCAUGCUGCAUCCCUGUGACUACAGAACGAGCCAGGAUGUCUUCAGGCAUGGGAACUCCUUUCUUGGGGAUGCCAUUAAAAUACCUACAAGUGCUUUACCUUGCACAAACCACCCUGGAACACUGACAGGAUUGAGUUCGAGUUGCUCAGCAUCUCCCUUUGCAGAGGUGGGAGCAAGGACAUCCUCCUGUGAGCCGGGUGCUGUCUUUCCACUAUCUUCCUUGGCAGGCAGGCAGCCCCUCUGUGCAUGCAAUGUCCUGAAGGUGUGUGGUGGGGACUGCAGGACCUGUGGGCCAGUGGGUGGCAUCUUUGGAGAGACAGUGGGGUAAGGUAGCUGCAGCUGUGUGUGCACAGUGACUGAGCCCUGGGUAGGAAAGAGAUGCUUCAAACCACAGAGACAGCUCCUUGACCUGGUUUUGUCCCUACCUUUACCCACGCCAUCAGAUGGAGGAUGGUGUGUUUUUGCCAAAGCAAUGAGAAAGGCAUCAAGGGAAGUAGUGCCUGCCAUCUGCCAUUUAUUUCUGAGACAGAGCUCCAAGAGCCCCGCAUCUAUCCACACCCCAGCAGAUCCAGGAUGCCCUGUGGCCUGGGCAAGUCAUCAGCACUGGGUGGGAUGGGGCUGAGCUGUGGGGCGCAGGCAGCAGAAUGAUGCCGGACCCUUCUGCAGCAGCCUGGAGAAGCACCUGAUGAGAGCCUUAUACAUUGACCAGCCCCAAACCUUGCAGUGCUCUGCCACUGGGGGCUGCAGCAGACCCCUGCUGCUCUCUUGAGAUGUUGCUUACAUCUCAACUGUGUGUGUUACGUAUGUGCAUCCGUGGAUUGUUUUCGUGGCAGUGUCUUGUUUUCCACUUUGUGAUUUCUUUGUAUGUCGUUCGCCAGUGUCAGGGCAGAAGAAAAGAUGGGCUGCAACUCACUCGCUGCACUUUGUUGUGUAUUAAAAGGUGGUUUGUAUUAAAAA